CCACACCCUGGCCCUGGAGCUCCCCACUGGGCCCAAGGAGGUGCUGGUACUUCUUCUGCCACCGGCGGCACACCAUGGCUUCACCAACGGGCUGCUGGCUGGUGUGCAAAAGGGCCAAAAUGUGCCGGCACGGCAGGUGGUACCACUGUUGAAAGGAACAGCUGCAGCUACAGCCAUCUUUGCUAACCUGGUGAGAGUCCUCUAGCAGCUGAACGUCCACUGAGGAGCCAGCCAUGUCCACCAGAGGAAGGCAUUACUGGGUGCCCGUCACCAAGCGGCUGUUUGGGGGUCAGAUCGUGGGCCAGGCCCUGGUGGCUGCGGCCAAGUCUGUGAGUGAAGACGUCCACGUGCACUCCCUGCACUGCUAUUUUGUUCGGGCAGGGGACCCAAAGGUGCCAGUGCUGUACCAGGUGGAGCGGACGCGAACAGGGUCAAGCUUCUUGGUGCGCUCCGUGAAGGCUGUGCAACAUGGCAAGCCCAUCUUCAUCUGCCAGGCCUCCUUCCAGCACACCCAGCCCAGCCCCGUGCAGCACCAGUUCUCCAUGCCCACUGUGCCACCCCCGGAAAAGCUGCUUGACUACGAGGCCUUCAUUGACCAGUGUUUAAGGGACCCUAACCUCCAAGAGAAGUAUUCAGUGGUGCUGAACAGAAUUACUGCCCAGGAGGUACCCAUUGAAAUCAAGCCAGUGAACCCAUCCACCUUGAGCCAGCUGCAGAAAUUGGAGCCUAAACAGAUGUUCUGGGUGCGAGCCCGGGGCUAUAUUGGGGAGGGCGACAUCAAGAUGCACUGCUGCGUGGCCGCCUAUAUCUCGGACUAUGCCUUCCUGGGUACCGCGCUGCUGCCCCACCUGUGGCAGUAUAAGGCGCACUUCAUGGUCUCGCUGGACCACUCUAUGUGGUUCCACGCCCCCUUCCGAGCUGACCACUGGAUGCUGUAUGAGUGCGAGAGCCCCUGGGCUGGUGGUUCUCGGGGGCUGGUCCAUGGACGGCUGUGGCGUCGGGAUGGAGUCCUGGCUGUGUCCUGUGCCCAGGAGGGCGUGAUCCGAGUAAAGCCUCAGGUCUCAAAGAGCAAGUUAUAACCUGAGGCACCACUUGGCCUGGAGCUUCAAGGACCUCCCUUCCACCACCGCUCCUAAGGCAGGAGUUACAGUCCUUCUGGCCUUCAAAUCCAAUAAAGAGACUGAUACCACUGGA